AUGGCGAUGCCAGGGUUGUUAAUUGGGUUCUUAAUUAAGGAAGAAGAGCUUGUUGCCAUCGUUGAAGAAGAGGAGGAGCUGAAGACAAUGAAGGACCACAUUGACCUUGACUCAUCACAAGCGAAGCAGCAAAAAACGCGUGACUUCAAGGACCUCGCGGGAAGCUUCUUCGCCGCGGCUUCGGUUUUCAGCAAGAAAUUGCAGAAGUGGCGGCAGAAGCAGAAAGCAAAGAAGCGGAGGAACGGUGCUCUUCCGGUGGAGAAGCUGAUCGGGCGGCAGUUCCAGGACACGCAGUCGAAGAUCGCCGACUACGGCUUCGGGCGGCAAUCUUGCGACACCGAUCCAAGGUUCUCGCUGGACGCAGGGCGGUUCUCCCUAGACGCGGGGCAGUUCUCACUUGACGUCGGGAGGAUGUCGUUCGACGACCCUCGGUAUUUGCUCGGACGGAGCAAUUUUCCGAGGAUGCCGACGAUGAUGUCGGUGGUGGAAGACGCGCCGGUGCAGCAUGUGAUGAGGACUGAUACGCAGAUUCCUGUGGAGGAGGAGCCGGUGAAUGACGAUGAGGGCGUUCCUGGUGGGAAUGCACAGACUAAAGAGUACUACUCUGAUUCGAGUUCUAGGAGGAGGAAGAGUCUUGAUAGGUCUAAUUCGGUUAGGAAAAGUGUUAGUUUGGAGGUGGAUGAGUUGACUAACAAUGGAAGAGGUGGUGCGAAUGGGAAUGGGAAUUUGAAUGGGAAUGUGAAUGCGAAUGCUAAGAUGGCUCCUUCUGGAGUGGAUUAUGUGCAUGGUGUGAGAAUGGGGUUUAAUGAAAGGAAAUUCGGGUCGAAUUCAAUGUGGGAAUAAAAAGAUUAU